UGGGGUAAACAGAACCGGUGCUGUGAGGAGAUACAUGUGUGCCUUUUGAUAGACUGAUGCACUGAGUUUGAUUCAUUGCACAUAUGCAGGGUUACAUUGAUUGCCACUGUCACAUUUCUGCAGCAGAGUUUGACAACGACAUCGAUGCUGUCGUUGAGAAUUCAAAGAAAGCGGGGAUAGUAGCACUUCUGGCUGUAGCAGAACAUGCAGGGGAGUUCGAGAAAAUCAUGGAGCUGUCCCAGAGGUUUUCUGGCUUCAUCCUGCCCUGCCUUGGAGUCCAUCCCGUCCAGGCAGUGGAUGAGACACAGCAGAGGGGGGCUAUCCUUGAGGAUCUUAAUGCAGCUGUGCCCCAGAUUGAGAAAUACAAAGACCACCUUGUGGCUAUCGGAGAGGUAGGACUGGAUUUCACUCCGAGGUUUGUAAGCUCUGAUGAUGGAAAGGACCAGCAAAGACAGGUGCUUAUUCGUCAGGUGGAGAUUGCCAAACGACUGGGUCUUCCCCUAAAUGUCCAUUCAAGAUCUGCUGGCCGUCCCACAAUUCAUCUUUUGAAAGAGCAAGGAGCAGAGAAUGUUUUACUUCAUGCAUUUGAUGGAAAGCCAUCAGUUGCAAUGGAGGGUGUAAAGGCUGGCUAUUUCUUUUCCAUACCUCCUUCCAUCAUAAGAAGUGAACAGAAGCAAAAGCUAGUGAAACAGCUACCAUUAGAGAACAUAUGCUUGGAAACAGAUUCUCCUGCCCUGGGCCCAGAGAAGCAGGUGAGAAAUGAACCAAAGAACAUCUCCGUAUGUGCAGAGUACAUCGCCAAGAUCAAGGGUGUUCCUUUGGAGAGGGUGAUGGAGGUGACGACGCAGAAUGCUCUUCGUCUCUUCCCCAGACUGAAGACAUUCUUGCCCGUAUGAAUAACUAGCUUCACAUCACUGAACAUUUGAGCCAUGUCCUCAGAGUGUUCCAAUGGUUCUGCUGUCUGCUUGGUGGUCAUCAGUGGUCAUUUGAUUUUAUUUGGAUCAUCAGUGGUAAGGCGACAUGCCUUACAUUAAUUUUUUUAUUCAGGACUUGGAAAAUGUCAUCAACUGCCUUGAUGGUCUUAAACAGAUAAACAAGGUGUGUUUUUGGCAUGCUCUCAGAAUCAUCGCAGAAGCUAUUUAAUUUCAACCAAAACACAUAAUGCACAUGUUGGUAAACCACAUAUUGGUAAAUGUCCAUCAAGUAGUAUAUUUGAUAUACAGUAUACCCUGGGUAACAGCCAUAAUUUACAUUUAUGGUGAUACAAAGACAAAACACGUUUCCCCACCAUCAGUGCUUGACAUUGGUCAAUUAACAUUCUAGAAAAAGAUUCAGACGGUAUCACUUUUCCAGUGUGUGGUUAAUUUUAGUAAGAAACCCUGUGGAGCCAUCAAAGCCAUAGAGAACCUCGAGAACCCGUCUGUUUCACCAUUUGACAUGGUAUUCUCAGCAUAUGAUGGGCUGACUGAUGCAUAUUGCAUACUUUGUUAGAUACGGAAUAAAUUCAAAAGCUGCAGUAAAUAAUGUACAUACUAUAUGCACAGUUAUUUAUGCACCACAUUACCACCAGAUUUGUGAAUGGUAAUUUUCGAAUAAAUAUG